AUGUCUUUAAAGAAUAGAUCAAGCGUUACAAAAUUCAUUCUUCUGGGCUUUGAUGACCUUUAUGGCUCCAACAUUUUUUUCUUUAUCAUGUUCCUAAUUAUUUUCAUCUUGACUUUGAGUGGAAACUUUCUGAUCAUUUUAUUAGUUUCAAAGAGCCGUCACCUUCAUUCUCCCAUGUACUUCUUUCUUUGUCAUUUAUCAUUUUCUGAUAUUUUGCUCACAACAAAUACUCUGCCAAAUCUAAUGGAAGCAAUCUUAUUGGGUGGAAAAGAAAUUACCUUUCUUGGUUGCAUAGCCCAAUUUUAUUUCUUUAGUGCCACAACUAUUACAGAAUGUCUAAUGCUAGCAGUGAUGUCCUAUGAUCGAUAUCUCGCUAUAUGUGUCCCAUUACGUUACACCUCUUUCAUGGACUUUAAACUAUGUAUGUGUCUGUCUGUCUUGCCCUGGAUAUUAGGAUUUACCGUGAACCUAUCAGGUAUCAUACCGGUAUCCAACUUUCAGUUCUGUGAUGGAAAUGUCGUUGACCACAUAUAUUGUGACCUGUCCCCUCUUCAAAAACUUUCAUGCUCAGACUCAUCUUUCGUGGAAUUUCUUGUCUUUGUGUUUUCUACCCCAAUAUUUAUCUGUCCUUGUGGUUUUAUUAUAAUGACUUAUGCUUAUAUCUUCUUUACAAUAAUUAAGAUUCCUUCGAUCUCCGGAAGACAGAAAGCCUUUUCAACCUGCAGUUCCCACCUUCUCGUGGUGGGUGCAUUCUAUGGGACAUUAAUAACCAAGUAUAUGAUACCAUCCAUAGGACAUUCAUUGCUUAUGAACAAGAUUAUAUCAUUGCUGCAUACGGUGUUUACUCCUUUAUUCAAUCCUAUAGUAUAUAGUCUAAGAAACCAAGAUAUCAAAAAUGCCUUUAAAAUGUUUUUCAAAGUUAGACCAUGUUAUUAG